AGCGUGGUUAGAUAGAACAUGCUGAAACACGUUAAAGAGAAACUAGAUAUUGAUUUUGAGAUCAGUGAUGAUAUUGUGUAUCAAAGUGCAGUUUGAGCGGAGAGGCCGAAGUCUGUGAACGAACUGCAAGCACUUCACAGAAAGCAAAAAAGAACGAUCUCAUGGCUGCGGUUUUAGGGCUUGUAUCUAGUGCUGUUGGUGGAUUAGUGAAAACGGGAGCACAGGUAUUGGGUUAUGGUCCAAAAGUUUGCGUCUUAGGACACGAACAUAGUAGUGAAGAAGAGGCCAAAGCAUGCAACGCAGCGGAAGAGAAGAGAAAGAAUAAUGAAGUCGAAUUGUCACGCGAUGCAAAUCGUCACCAAGCAGCCAUGCAAAAAGAGAUCAAUGAGGCCGAGCGCAUCAAAGCCGCUGAAAAGACAAAACAGGCGGAAAUACAAGCCACUGAACAGACAAAACAGGCGGAAAUAAAAGCCGCUGAACAGACAAAACAGGCGGAAAUAAGAUUGAAAGAGAAGGAGCUAGAACUGGAAGAAAAAAGGGAAGAAAAUCGUAGAAAAGAAUUACAGCUGGAAGAAGAGAAACUUGAAGCACAGAAAAGAAAGGAUGAGCUUGAGGCAAAGCGGUAGUGGUCUUUACCUCUUGGAAAUAUUAGCAUACAUCCAAGAUGUGCAUUAUUCUGUAAGAAGUUGUUUUGAGAUACGACAUGCAAACUUUAAAAACCAUGUCGUGAUGUAUAUCUUUCGUAAUCUUGUCCGUGUUUAACUAUUAUGUGUUUACUAUUAUGUAACUUCUUCUCAUAUACUGCUCGCAAUCUUACUAACGUAAUGUUUACUACACGUGCACAAACAUUUAACGCACGAUAGUUAAAAGCGAGCAAGUAUUGAUUGGUUUAUAAACUUUAUAUAUUUCAUGUAUAUCAAAGUUGCACUAAAUACAUUAAUACUUCCAGAAGCUAUACAUGUGUAGUCCAUACGAAUAAUAAUGUUUUAGUUACACGAUUGGCAUGCGUUGAUCAUACUAUUAAUGGGAAAUAUCGACAGUAAAUAUAAAUGUGCCGUUAUUUGUCUUGCUAAAAUGAUAUAAUGUUUCAAUCGUUCAGAAAUAAUAUGUACAAUGCAAAAAUAUGUUUUGCAGCAUUUUCAUAAAACGCACAUGUUCUAUGAAACAUUUAUGUCAUUUCGUCAUUUGUAUGUCAUCUUAGACUUUGAAAAGAAAACUAUCUUUAUUUCUGCACUACUAAGUCUACAUGUGCUGAUUCGUAUUAAUGUACAAAUAAAAAUGAGUGUAUUGUA